UAUGAAACUUCUGUCCGCCAGUGCAUGCAUUGAGUAGUGCGUUAAAUACUAGCUGUUUAUUUCUAUUUCAUAUGGUUCUGCAUUUUUCUUAAAAUCAUGUGGAACAUUCCUGUUUUAGGCCGAUUCUCAUCACUGCUGGGGCAUGCCAGAACGUUUCAUAGCAGCAGCGGUCUGCUUUUCCGGUGCACCCCGGCACUCUGUGCAGAACCAUUGAAAAAGAAGAAAAAGCUCGACCCACAAAUCAUCAAACAACGAGAAGAGCGCAAAAGAAAACGGCUGGAAAAACAAAUCAGACGCUUGGAAAAGAAUGCCCGUCAGCUGAAGCCAAUCGAGGAGCUGGAAACGCCGAUGGAACUUAUCGAUGAGCAAGGGAAACGAAGGCGUGCCAAGCCUAGUCUAACGCCAGAGCUUAUCGAGGGUCGCGCAUUGCUGGAGAAGCAAUGGGCCAAGUUCAAGAUGCAGGAGAAACUAGCAGACUAUCAACUGUUCGACCGGAUUAUGGCCGCCCAGACGAAGGCAUUAAAUGAAUUGAAGCUAGAGUCCGAAGGGUUGUACCAACAAGCCAUCCAACCUGAUCCGGCGUUGGUCCCUUUUGGUGCGGAGGGACCAGUGGCAACACCUCCAAUCAAAAACUACGAGCAACCGGAUGGCGAAUACAUUGACGUGUCGAAAAAAUGGGAGUAACAUUGCGAUUUUACGAAUCGCAACUGAGGACAAAAUGCGUGAUUGGAAACAGUGUAGCAAGUCCUUUAGUCGGCACGUUUGGUCCGAGUGAAGAAAGCAUUAUAGCUUUCGCUGGAUUAUAGUAUCGAGUCAUAUUAUUUUGAUCAUUCAUUAAUGUGGACUGAUCAAGUACACCCCACUAAGGUCUGCAUAGUUGGUGGGAGAUUGAGUAAUAAAUAAAAUGUAAUAAACAA